AUGAAAUACAAAAGGAUCUCGUGUAGUCGUGAGACUCAAGCAGUACAAACCAACGAAAGCGACGCAGAACAUACAGCAAGAGGACAUCGCGUUCAACCCCGCCAACCUGGACCCUUCAGCCACGGGCGCCAGGCUCUGCCUGUCACAAGCCAGGAGAAAGUGGGGAGUGAUAGAGGAGGUGACGGCGAAGACUACGGCGGAAGGACGGACGGCGAAAGAAAAAACGACCGCCCUCCGGGGGAGAUUAGAAGAAACCUGGGCGCGGGGAAGACUGAGCCUCAAAGACUCAAAGGAGAACAGAAGAAGACCAUGCGGACAGCUCGUGGAUGCACUGCAGUAUCAGAUGCUGAGAACAUCGACAAAGCGAAACCAUAAAAGCGGUUUUUAGUCAAUUUUCUUCCCGGCUUGGUUGGAUCUUCUAAAAGCCAAUAG